AAAUAAAUGGGAAAAUUUGAGUUUACACCCCAUGUUUUGGGUGAUAUUUGACUUUGCACCUCAUUUUAAAAAUAAUGUAUGCACCCCAUUAGCCCAAAAAUUGUGAAGGAGUGGGGUGCAAAGUAAAAUAAUUUUAUAGUGAAUUGAGGUGCAUAUAUUAAUGAUUUUGAAAAUAGGGUGCAAACUCAAAUAUCACCCAAACACAUGGGGUGCAAAGUCAAAUUCUCCCCAAAUAAAUCAACGUAGAGUCAAGCAGCUUCUCUUCUCUUCAACGAGUGACAGAGCUGUGGACUAUUGAGCAUUGACGAUGUAGAUGCGGACGAGUGACGAAGACGCCAUUGAUGAAGCACGGAGUAGCAGACGACCGUCAUUAUUUGCUAAAGUUUAACCAUCAUGGGUUGGAGUACCGCCGCCGUUGGCUCACUUGACCGUCGCCGUUGACUAUUCGAAUUCACUGGAGUGUCGCCGCAACUAUCAGAGUAUUAGACUGCCGCUGCCGCCGGACUGUCUUGGUUAUGCUGGGAAAAUAGAGGGUAAUCAUUUAUAUUAAAGACUCAAAAUUUCAAGUGAAAGAGAAGACCCAUUGUUGCAUAGAUGAUUGCUUCAUUGCAAAAUCAAAGAACAUGCAUCAGUGACGUUAGUGUCCUUGUGUUCUUGCCUGAUCUCACCCAAGUUUGGGUGUGCUUAAAUACACACAUAAACACCUCAGAUUUGUAAGCUUAAAUUUUCCUCCUCUGUUCAAUAUUUAGACCAUUUUGAAUCCGAUCGCUCACCUUCAUGGCAUCUGACCAGGUUAAGCUGUUGGGAACAUGGUGGAGCCCUUAUGUGCUUCGUAUCAAAGUCCCUCUUAAACUUAAGUCUGUAGAUUAUGAAUUUGUUGAGGUGCAAUUGCAGCCGCCUAGGAGUGAGGUUCUUCUUCAACUAAACCCGAUUUACAAGAAAAUACCCGUCCUCGUCCAUAACGACAACCCGAUAUGUGAAUCUCUCAUCAUCCUACAGUAUAUCGAUGAUGUCUGGAAUACUUCUGAUUCCUCCUUCUUCCCCAAUGAUCCUUAUGAUCGGGCCAUGAACCGUUUUUGGGCGGUUUAUAUUGAUGAUAAGAUAUUUCCAAUGGUACGGGCAUUAUCAGCUGCGGCGGGCGAGGGAGUAGGAAAAGAGGCAAUACAUGAUCUUGUUGAAGCGGUGUUUCCCUUGGAGGAUGUCUUCAAGAAUUGCAGCAAAGGCGGGAAAUUCUUUGGUGGAGACAGGAUUGGAUUUCUAGACAUUGUUCUGGGAAGUUUCGUAGCAUGGUUCAAAGCCAUUGAGGUGUUUAACGAUGUUAAAUUGUUUGAUGAAGUCAAAUUUCCCAACUUGUCCCAUUGGAUUGAUGAUUUUGCCGUUGAUGAAGCCGUUAGAGAUGUCUUACCUUCAACUGAUAAGUUCGUCGAGUUUGCAAAGGUUUUCUUUAAGAAGAUAACCCAAACUAACUGAAAUUUUAUUUGUGAGUUGUGAUCUUUGCAUUUAUUCAAUUUGUGACUUGUAUUAAUUUACUACGUAUAUUAUACCCAAGAGACC